GUUUUCCCACAAUCCCGCAGGACCGGAAGCAGCGCGCUGUGUGUGUUUAGAGUCGCUGCUAGCUGUCCGGCUAGCACAGCGGCUUUACAUCUACAUUUAACGACUAUAUUCGUGCCAGAGUUUCUUUUGCCUGUGAGAGCUUCAGAAUCGCUGGGUUACUUGGUCAGUUCCUCAGCCUUCAUCAUCAUCAUGCCAGCCGCACUUGCAGAUACCAGUCAGAUUAUCUGUGAGGUCUGGGCCAGCAAUGUGGAGGAGGAGAUGAGGAAGAUACGACAGAUCAUUCAAAGUUACAACUACAUUGCCAUGGACACUGAGUUCCCCGGUGUGGUGGUUCGUCCCAUUGGAGAGUUCCGUAGUACUGUUGACUAUCAGUACCAGCUCCUGAGGUGCAAUGUGGACCUUUUAAAAAUCAUCCAGCUUGGCUUGACGUUUAUGAAUGAAGAUGGAGACUACCCGCCUGGAACCACAACAUGGCAGUUUAACUUCAAGUUCAAUCUGACAGAGGACAUGUACUCCCAGGACUCCAUAGAUCUCCUUCAGAACUCUGGGCUACAGUUUAAAAAGCACGAGGAGGAGGGCAUCGACACACUCUACUUCGCAGAGCUCCUCAUGACAUCAGGCCUUGUGCUUUGUGAAAAUGUCAAGUGGCUCUCAUUUCACAGUGGGUAUGAUUUUGGUUACCUGGUGAAGCUGCUCACAGAUUCCCGGUUGCCAGAAGAGGAACAUGAGUUCUUUCAGAUCUUAAAUCUUUUCUUCCCAGCAAUUUAUGACGUCAAAUAUCUUAUGAAGAGCUGCAAAAACCUUAAGGGUGGACUUCAGGAGGUUGCAGACCAGCUGGAGCUAAAAAGGAUCGGCAGGCAGCAUCAGGCUGGCUCAGACUCGCUGCUCACUGGAAUGGCUUUCUUCCGCAUGAAAGAGUUGUUUUUUGAAGACAACAUUGACGAUGCAAAGUACUGUGGGCGGCUCUAUGGCCUGGGAUCCGGUUCUUCUCAAAGUCAGAAUGGGAUUUCCAACUCCUCGCAGGAGGAAACCAACAACAAGCACUGACCAAAAUCUAGUGGAUGACACACUUGUUUUAAUCCCACCCAGCAGAUAUUGUUCUUUCCUGUUCUUUACAAAGAUGAUUUCAAAUUACUCAUGCAUUCUUAAAGGGACAUUGGGAAAUGCAAACAAGCUAAUCUCAGAUUCUGUUCUGCUCUGUAGUCCAUCAUAUUGCAACGUUCCAGGACUCCAGAUGUGAUCCUGUUUCUUCCAUCAGCUGAAAAUUGAACAUUUUAUCUUGUUUUACAGUAUUAAAAACACCAUUGUUUUAAGCAUGGGACCAGCGCUUGUGUAUCUUAUGGCUUUCAAGACUCCAGGCAUUUUAAUAUACUCAGUCCUUUUAGAAAUGUUUUGAUAUUUUCUAGAAAGGCUCAAGAUUUAUUCAUUACUGAGAAAAGAGGAAAUGCCCUCUCACUAUUGGUACACAUGACUUUGUGGUUGUGUUUUUAAAAUAUGCCAGCAUGUAUGUAUAUUAAAAUUGAAACUAUCUUUAAGCAUUUUUUCUGUAAGGAAUACAUUUUAGAUCCAGGUUUGGGGCAUCUUUGGGAACACGAGUCCACUGGUCCUAUGUAACCGUUUUAAAUGUGUUCGUCUCACAAUCUUGACUGUUUGUGGUACGUGUUUUUAUUGUAUCUGUUGUUCGAGGCAGUUAUGUAUUAAAAUGUUUUCUAUCGCCACAAUGGUCUCAUGUCUACUUACAAGGCAUGUGUUCUGAAAUCUGAACCUUUGCUCCAGUUUUUAGUCAACAUGAAGUGGAAAUUUACUCUUCUACCCAUCUUAUGAAUAAUUCAUCUGUGCAUGUUUCUUUUGGGCU